UGACUGGGCGUAGUGUGACCUGGAUCAUGUGAAGCGUGACGUUUGCCACCAGCGCGUCGCCACUGGCACAAACGCGGUCGGACGCAGACGCGACUUUGACCGCUACAUUGUUCUCCUCCACCUCAGUCCGCUAUAGCACUCCGCUAGAAUAACCAUCAACAUGCCCAGGGACUCUUUGGACUCACAGCUGGGAACCGAAUAUGACCCAGAUCAGGACCCAGAGGAAAAACGCAACCUACGACGGCAAUACCGCAACCUCUACAAAUCCACCACCGAAGAUGCACAGGGUCAUGCCAAAGACCUUACGGCAGAUCAAUUGGUGGAGAAGGUCAAGCAGUCUGACUCGCUAUUCCAUCGCGUGAAGGGAACGGCGGAAGCGACAUUGGACUCGACUUUUUUGCUUGCUGCGACCCAGAUGGGCGCGGCGAAAGCUCGAGCGAUGAAGGCGGGUGCCGGCGCAUUCGACGUUGAUGACUUUGUCUCCCGCCUCAUCACCUACAUGGGCCGCAAUCAAGGCGUCGCUGUCCCAGAGGACCUUGACUCAGAUGAAGAACAAGACUAUAACGGAGAAUUACUGGAUUACGCUCGCAUCGGCCGCCGGGCAUUGGCGAAGAGUCGCCGGAUCCCUGUAAUGGACUUCAUGCUUGGCCCACUGUCGAUAGAGCAAAAGAAGCGAGCUGUCACCAAGCGUGCAACAUUGCAGAAAGAUGAGCGUGAAAAGAGGAAGCCGCAGGAGAUUACGGAGGGCGACAUCACUCGGUCGGAGAACGAGACGACCAAGAAUGUUGCCACAUUGGAGCGGGUCUUGCAGCAGCAGGAGAGCAGAGUGAACCUAUUCCGCGUCAUCUCCGUCGAGAACCUCUUCUACCUCUCGUUCCUCAUACGCGACGGAAAGUGCGCACUUGAAUUCGAUGAUGGAGAACCAUUCAUCUACGUCACAGAGCAGCCCUCGGAAGAAGACUACGCCCAGGGCCUCCGGAAGCAGCAGCUCGUUAUGGAAUUCGACAUGGCCACCUGGAGGCGGGCUAUUGAAGUCUUCGAUAUCAAGGACGCACUGAUCCCUCAGCGGCCCAAGUCGACCUUGAGGAUCGGCGGAAAGUGGUACGGGUAA